AUGUCCGAAGACCCCUCGAAUUCAACCUCUUCCGCCUCUGCCGCCCCUUCCGUUCCUUCCGCUCGUCCUCGGGGUCGUCGUGCUUCUAUUGCUUCUGGGACUUCCUUCUCAGAGCUUUUUACAAGGCACGGCAGCUCUGCUGCACCUCCGCAACCCCCGCCGACCGUCUCUAUCAAUAUCCCCGGUUCAAUCAUGACGUCUGCAAAUGCUCAAGCACAGCAACGCCGCCGCACGUCCAUUUCCACGCUGGGUCUCUCUGGGUCUCCUACUCAGCAAUCAUCCCCUUUUGGUAGUGCUCCAGGCAUGCGACGUGGGAGCAUCUCAAGCUCUGCCAUGUCCGGUUCGCCUACCUGGGAAGACUCUGUGCUCGAGGAGAAUGGAAAUGACACCCCGAUGUCCUCGCCUACCGCUCCAUUUACCCGUCGUGUCUCGUUUGGGGCUCAAGCAUUCCGAGACCGUGUAGGCAGUGCAAGUGCAAACGGUAGAUACCCUUCUGGAAAUUCUACAGUGGCAGGACGGCGAGCUCCGUCCACCGCGAGUAGCACAUCCUCUCCUGCUGCAAGCGAAGGCUUUAAUUGGCCGGAAGCCCUUCGGACGCGUGCGGAGCGUGCUCCUUCGUUCGGAAGCUUCCCCCCUAGCUCUCCCACUGCGGGCUUCCAUGGAUCACCGCCCAACCAUUCGUCUGCCCCACAUUUCAAGCACCACCAACGAGCUGCUUCCAUUGCAACUAUGGAACAACCUGUUCGCGAGAUGCGUGAUACUCAGCAACAGCCGAAGCCCAAGCAAAAACCAAAACCUGACUAUUUCCAGGAAAAGAUACUAAGGGGUGACUUUAUGGACUAA